AUGUUUAGAAGAUGCAUACCUGAGGAAGAAGUAGAAGGAAUAUUGUUUGCUUGUCAUAGUUCUAGUUAUGCAGGGCACUUUGCCACUUACAAGACAGUAUCCAAAGUCCUACAAGCUGGAUUUUGGUGGCCAACUAUGUUUAAGGAUGCUCAUGCAUUCAUAUCAAGAUGUGAUGCUUGCCAAAGAAUGGGAAAUAUAAGCAAGAGGAAUGAGAUGCCACAGAACUUUAUACUAGAAGUUGAAGUUUUUGAUGUUUGGGGCAUUGACUUUAUGGGACCAUUCCCAACCUCUUUUGGCGACCAAUACAUUCUAGUGGCAGUUGAUUAUGUCUCCAAAUGGGUGGAAGCCAUCGCCAGCCCAACUAAUGAUGCACAGAAUCUUUGCCAACCUUUUGAAGAAGCAUGGAGUCACUCACAAAGUUGCCUCUCCUUACCACCCCAAACUAGUGGACAAGUUGAGAUCUCAAACAGAGAACUCAAGAGCAUACUUCAGAAGACAACAGGCAAGACAAGGAAGGAUUGGAGUGCCAAACUUGAUGAUGCUCUAUGGGCAUACCGCACUGCCUUCAAAACACCACUUGGUACCACCCCCUUUCAUCUUGUUUAUGGUAAAGCAUGUCAUUUACCUGUGGAGCUGGAGUACAAAGCAGCUUGGGCUAUUAAGGAGUUGAACUUCAACCUAAAGACAGCAGGAGAAAGAAGAUUGAUUCAGCUGAAUGAGCUUGAUGAGAUUAGGCAUCUGGCUUAUGAGAAUUCAAAGAUCUAUAAGGAGAGAACCAAAGCUUUCCAUGACCGCAAGAUCAUCCCAAAGAACUUUGCGCCAAACGACCAAGUUCUACUAUUCAACUCAAGGUUGAAACUCUUUCCAGGAAAGCUUCGCUCAAGAUGGUCAGGACCAUUCAGGAUUAAAGAAGUUCGCCCCUAUGGAGCAGUGGUAUUAUGGGAUCAAUGGGAGGAGACUUUACAGUCAAUGGACAAAGGUUAA